AGCAGGUCGAGGAUCGACUCACAAAGGAAGCGCUGCAAUGAUGCAGUGACCUCCGUUUCACCGGAGUUAUUUAAGCGUGUGAUUCUUUCCUAUGUUUGCCAAGUUGUGAAUGGAAGUGUUUACGGAAUUAGCGUGUUUCUCGUGUCAAUGUUGUAAUCAUAAAAGGCUGCCAUAGCCUGCACGGUGAUAGACAACGAGUGGGACGUCAAGCUUAAUAUAUCGGAAUUAAGAAACGAAAGAUUCUGUCUAGUUCACUAUCUUAAAGUGUAUCGCUUGUGUGUGACGUGAUCGAGUCAGCAGCAUGUCAAUGAAGUGUUGUGAACGACCAAAGCCGUCUGAUUUUGGGCUGAGCUACGAUGACGCCAGCGUGUUUUACCGUACACAGUGGAAGAAGUUUCCCUAUAUCCUCUUCAUCAUCUACCGCGUGGUCCUAGCCCUCUACCUGCUGGGUAUAUUGAUCGCCUACUUCGUCCAACAAAUCCAACUUCUGGCAGGGCAGGCGUUCGUGUAUCUGACCAACCUUGGUUUCAUAGUGUUCGUCAUCUACAUGGUGGUCGCUGCCGUCGUUGCCGUGGUGGAUGGCGUCAUCCGACCCCGAAUGCAAAAUGGACAAAGUGAAGAUGCUCCGAUGGGCAUACGUCACAAGAUACAUUGGAUGUUCUUCAACAUCACCAUCAACCUCAACAUCCUGGUCACCUUCAUUUACUGGGGCGCCCUCUACAACCCGGCCUUCCCUUUCUUCUAUGACUUCCACGUGCACACCGUCACCUCCAUCGUCUCCCUGCUGGACCUCUUCCUGACGCCCAUCCCGGUGCGUUUCCUGCAAUUCAUCUACCCGAUCUCCUUCGACGUGGCGUACCUGGCGCUGACCGUGAUCUUCUGGGCCGCUGGAGGGCGCACCAUCAGCUCAACCGGCGCCAUUUACCCGUUCAUCGACUAUACCAACUCGCCCGGCCUGGCCGCCGGCGUUAUCCUUGGUAUCUUUGUGGCCGUUAUCAUCAUGCACGGCCUGAUCUGGGCCCUCUACAAGCUGAGAGUUUGGAUUUGGUUGAAAUGUGGCAAUGAGGCCGUGACAACUGAGAUUGAUAUACAAGAGCAAGACAAAUUGGAAGGGGAUCUCUAGUUUUAUUGACUGUUCAAAGCCAAGGAUCAGUCAAGUCAAUCACAAGUCCAUCGCAUCUUCAGUCACGAGUAGAUCACAAGUUCAUACACAAUCCAGUCACAAGUUACAGUAGGUGAACAGCAACUAAGAAAUGCCUUUAUCAAAGCUCAGUUAAAGCUUGUAAGUUGAAUUUGGACUUGAGGACUUGUGAUUGACGUACGAAGGAUCGACUCAUCAGGGACUUGUAAUGGAGUACACUACGUCCCUGAUAAGGAUGUCUUUUGGCGGUCGUAACAAAUAACCGGUUCUGGUCUUUUGCAGCGGUUGAAUGUUUUAGCGAAUUCGAUUUUACAGUAGAAAAUACAAUUACAUGUAGGUUAUAAUUACUCCACAUCCAAAGUCACUAAAACUUUAAAUCAGUGACAAACAACCGCACAACUAUAUUUGUUACCGCCUCUCAAACGCACUCUAUACCUUUGUCCAAGCCUAUAAAUGUUUUGGAAAAUUGUGCAGGUCGUAGACGCAUGUAGUGCCAAGUGACUAACUUAAAAAAAACUCCCUGGGUUACCAAAUGCAGCCCAUUUUAAAGCCGUUUCAACUAACCUGAUGGUGUUGGGGUUAAAUAGUAAUUCACAAUAAUUGUGCACAUGACCACAGUGACUUCAUUGAGUGCGAACAAAAUGUAGCAGAAACCAGGCUAAGGCCGAAAAAAGUUACGUUUAACAUUUUUUUACACCUUAUGUUUACUAGAUAUACCAAUGUAGUCGUAAAUUCAGUUAUUGCAUUUCCUUGACAAAUCUAAACAGCAUUCUUACUCCUACAUUUUAUGGUGAAAAAAAAUAUGUCGGCAAGAUCUUGAUAUUGAGGUUUACAAACAUAAUCUCUCCGCAGAAUUUGGUCAAAUCCAUGUCCUGGUAUAGGCACACAAAUUUGAUAUGCACCACUAAAAGUAUUGAGAAAAGGCUAGCAAUGGAAACUUUCUGUAGUGUAAACAAUGCAAAAAUGUGUGUCAUCGAUAAGCAAAAUGCUUAACACAAAGUUGUAGUACCUAUGAUAAGCAAUACAAUUGCUCCCAGUGUGAUUCAUUUCGAUCUACAAUUUAUGGCCAUUCAUCAGUCAGCCCAUGCAAAGAAGGCCUACGACCAAUGUGCAAACUUUGGAAAUACUAGUUAAUAGGUUUAAUUUAAACAUUUUGGUGAAGGGAUUAAGAAACUUUUCAGUAUUGCCUAAAAAUGUUGAUGCUUGUUUUUGGUUUUUAAUACAAAUCUUGUAUAAAUAAUCUGUGUAUAGUUUAACCUGACUGUGGUGUACUCAAUUUUGAGUGUGUUGCAUGAAUUUUGUUUUUAGUAAAGAUGUAUUUUUUAUGAUUACCUAUAUUGCUAUGACUCGUCAUUUGAGAUAAAUUCGACUUGAAAUCGGACGUUUAUGUGCAUGUAAACAUAUCUUUAAGAAUCCACAAACUUUAUAUGCGUUAAUGAGCAGUGCGAUGGUUUUGUAGCAUUGGAUAGGCAUUGAUAAUCACAUUGUGCAAUCAUUGCUAACGUUAUCAUU